CACGCGUGUUUUGCACCACUGAGCAUGCGCACCGCGCCGCUGGCUCUUCUCUCGCGAGGAACGACGCCGUUAUCGGAACCUCGACAAACAACACGAGAAUUCAUCAUUCACACGAUUAAUCUCAUCUGAGCUAUGUCCGAAGAGGAGUUGGAAGAAAUUGUACAAAUAACAGUUGAGGACUUCAGCGCAGAGGGUCGAACAGCAAGCAUGCUGGACAAUCAAGGACAAACUGAAGCGAGUCCUCAAAAGAAAAAAAGAAAAUUCAGCAACAGCCAAGAGAACAGCAGCACCAACCAGGACAUAGGCUAUAUUAAGAACUUGAUGGUCUCGUUCACUGCAUCAGUCAGCCAGAGAUUGGAAGCCAUUGAAUCCAAGCUGCAGGCUCUGGACGCCACAUGUAAGGCUCUCGCACAAAAGCUGGAUAGCAUGGUGCCUUGUGCCAAGAAUUCUAUUCAAGUUCCAAUGGUUGCCGGGUCACCCCAGGGUGCCACGCAGACUUGGAACAAAGUGCGAUGUGUUGUUCCACAAACAAAUGUGAUCGUGAGCAGCGAUUCCAUGAAGCAAGAAGAUCCCUCGCUGGAAAACCUGCUCAGCAACACAGUGGCGAAGAGGCGCCAAAACACAAUUCUCGUGAAGGUGCCUGGCCCUGAGGAGAGUCAGGAAGAAGUGGAGAGCGGCUCUGAGGCUAGUGACUCCGUUUCCAAUGGCGGCCAUCCCAACAAUUCCCAAAAUGGACAAAAUGUCACACUCAUCACACUCAACUCAGAGGAGGACUACCCAGGGGGCACAUGGUUAGGUGAUGACAGUAACCCCGAGAUGCGUGUUCGCUGUCCAGUCUCACCAGCCGACAUGCUCCAUAUUUCGUCCAACUGCCGCACAGCAGAAAAAAUGGCUCUCACGCUCUUAGACUACCUUUUCCAUCGGGAGGUCCAGGCCAUGUCCAACCUCUCUGGACAGGGCAAACAUGGCAAAAAGCAGCUGGAUCCGCUCAUGAUUUAUGGCAUUCGCUGCCACUUGUUCCACAAAUUUGGCAUCUCUGAGUCCGACUGGUAUCGCAUCAAGCAAAGUAUUGACUCCAAGUGUCGCACUGCCUGGAGACGUAAGCAGCGUGGUCAGAGUUUGGCUGUCAAGAGCUUCUCUAAACGCACACCCCGCGGUUCAGGUUCAGAGGGAGGCCUCUCAGAAGAAACCACCCAGAUUGAAGCAGCCACCCAGCAGACCCUGCACUACACAUUGGCCAAUCAGCAGGUCCAGUUCCAUCACAUUGGAGAGGAUGGACAAGUUCAAGUGAUUCCACAGGGCCAAUUGCACAUUGCCCAGGUUCCUCAAGGAGAGGAGGUGCAGAUCACUCAAGACAGUGAGGGGAACCUCCAGAUCCACCAAGUGCAUGUUGGCCAAGAUGGUCAGGUACUCCGGGGAGCUCAGCUUAUAGCGGUGGCGUCAGCUGAAGGGGCUGCAGCAGCGGUCGAGGGCGCCGCUCUCCCUCCUGACAUCCAAGUGCAGUAUGUUCAACUUGCCCCCGUCACAGAUCACACAGAUGCAGUGCAGGGUGCCGAGCUUGCCCCCGCCCUGCAAGCAGACAUGGAGGUGAAGGAUACCAUCCAGGGAGAGAACGGCGAGGUGGUCCAAAUCGUCAGCUCUGUGGCUACCUGAGAGAGGCGUCUGCUUUUUGGACUCUCCAAACGUUAACCGCUUACACAGCGCUACGGUGCGGCGGAGGUCUGCGUAAGCAGACAAACUGACAUUGAAGUCAGAAACCCGUUUUAACCAAUCCCAUACGUCAAUCCAAAACAGCGUGAGCAAGCCAUUUUUUUGUUGACGCUGUCCCUUGCCAAGCAGAUGUUCAUCGUGCACUUGACUGUGAGUCUUCAAAAUCAGCUGCUGUCUUCAGCUGGUGCGUUCUUCUGAAGGAGGAAUCAUCCCACCCUGGAAUCCACACCGGGAUUAUUAUCUAUCCUGGGCGGUUGCUGUUGAAGCACAUCGGCACAUACUCGUACGUUUUUGCAAUGAAGAAAAAUAGCAACGUUGGAGAGUUGAGUGGCUGGGUCCCACAUUAUUAUGUUUAUCCCCCCCCCCCCCCCCUAUGUUAAUGUUCUCAUCAAAAUUAUGGACAUUAUGGUGGCACUUGAAUUUUGCUGAGAACCGCUACUCUCGGGAUAAGUUUGUUUUAUCAGUCUUCAUAAUUGAAUCCAUAUUUUGUCUCUUGGCUGGGAGCCUCCUCCCUUCACUUGCCUCUUCAUGUUCCCACAUUGUUCUGGUUUGUUGUUUGAGUUAUCUAUUUGUUGCUUGCUGGGAGAAAUGCUUUUGUUUUGAAAGAGGUAGACCGUGAAAUACAGGCUCUGGUGCCGGUAUAAGUGGCUUGUAGAGCACCAAGAAAAGCCUGAAGGUGUUAAUAUGUCCAGCUUUGUCUUGGGAAACAUACAUUCAUGUGAAUAAACCAUGUUUGUGGUUGUUGUAAAA